GCCUGAAGGAGGUCAGAGGUUGAACGGAAGCUGCGGCUGCUUCCGGCGACCGGCCUGAGGCGAGGCGAUGGCCAAACAUCACCCGGAUUUGAUCUUCUGUCGCAAACAGGCCGGUGUCGCCAUCGGGAGGCUGUGUGAAAAAUGUGAUGGGAAGUGUGUGAUCUGUGACUCCUAUGUCCGUCCCUGCACUUUGGUCCGGAUAUGUGAUGAGUGUAACUAUGGCUCCUACCAGGGACGCUGUGUGAUCUGUGGGGGGCCCGGAGUGUCUGAUGCCUAUUACUGCAAGGAGUGUACCAUCCAGGAGAAAGACCGAGAUGGUUGUCCAAAGAUUGUCAACCUGGGAAGUUCCAAGACUGAUCUUUUCUAUGAACGGAAGAAAUACGGCUUUAAGAAGAGGUGAUUGGCUUGACUCUCCUUGCUCCACCCCCAUGCUGCUGCCCCGGCUGGAGAAGACACCCUCACCACCCUCGUCCCCGUGGAAAGGGGGAAAAGGACCCAAGGAUCACCAGAUUUGCCAAUGCCUACCUCUGCCUCUCCAACUCCACCCCCAUCCCCGUGCCCAGAGAUGUGGCAGAG